AGUAAUCGGGACGUUCGAUUCGAUUCAGAUUUGACGCUCACGCCUUUCGAAGCUUGAGUGCUAACAAGUGCCAAUUUCCUGUCUCAUAAAUCUUUUCCAAAACAAUUGUAUAUAAUUCCGGAGACGAUAGAUGAAUAUGAAUUAAAACGGUCAUCUGAUGAAUUUAGUUCCGUGCAAAGGGCGUUCGCGAAAGAGCUGAAAAGAGCUGACGAAGCUCCAUCCCAUGUACAAACGUGUCGCAUCAUUAGCAAUGACGUGGAUAUAGGUUAAGUUCUCAUUCACGCUCAAACAAAUCAAAUCGCCAAGUGUAUCAAGCAAUUUCUGAUAAAGACAAUUGUAAAUAAUGUUCGAAAUCACAGACACGCAAAAAAUCGGAGUGGGACUGGCGGGAUUUGGGAUUUCCUUUCUGUUCCUCGGCGUACUAUUACUCUUUGAUAAAGGUUUACUCGCUAUUGGAAAUCUUCUGUUUAUAUCGGGACUGGCAUGUGUCAUUGGACCAUGGAGGACGUUAAACUUCUUCUUUCAAAGACACAAGAUAAAAGCCAGUGCCUCAUUUCUAGGAGGUGUUUUUGUAGUACUUAUGGGUUGGCCCCUUGUAGGAAUGAUUUUAGAAACUUAUGGCUUUGUAUUACUCUUCAGUGGUUUUCUACCAGUAGCAAUAAACUUUCUACGAAGAGUACCUAUAUUGGGAACUCUACUAAAUAUGCCUGGUAUCAGUCGAGUUUUGGACAUAAUAGCAGGUGAUUCUAAUCGGACAACUGUAUGAUACAACUAUAUAAUAUAUUAAAACCAUCCAUAUCUUUUUGCUUGGAACCUGUACAUAAACCAGUCAAAUGUUCAUGUUUCAUAUUUUUUUUGUUACUUCCGUUUAAGAAUGUCAGCUGUCAA